UGGCAUGUCGGUGAAAUCUCAAGACAUGUCUGACGGAAUGAACAUUGUGUACGCAACAACACUCGAUAACGUACCAGAUAUAUUCAACAUGCUGUCACAAAAUAGUCAGGGCGUUCCAGAACUGGUCAAUAUCUUUUGUAACGACGAAACACUUUCUGGGCUAUACAACGUAGUGCCUACGUCCCAAGAUCUCCCUGAAGCGUUAGACGUAGUUUCGACCACGUGCCAAGAAACUGCUGAUUUGCUAAACGUUAUGUCCUCGCAAGAGGCUCAGGAAAUACUGAAUGUGGUAACAACAUCACACCACGACUCGGACAUGUACAAUAUUGUAUCUAAUCCUCACGACAUUUCUGAAAUCUAUAUAGAGUCUGCGCCGUAUGAUGCGUACAGCACCCUCCCACCAACUCAAACACCUGAAUUGUACCAACCUAUGUCAUCUACAUCUCAACUGGUUCCUGAUGCAUACACGCGUAUGCUGUCUCAAGAUUUUUGCCAAGUUUCGAACGUCUCCUGCUCUAGAAUUGAUUCUCAAUCGAUACCGGUGCCGACUUUGCUGGAAGUCCCUGCACUCACAAGUAUUACUAAAAAACGAUCCACUUCCAAGCCAAUAGACAAGCAUUCGAAAGCUCACAGGUCUUCUAAUACUAAGGCUAAUUCGAAAGAUCACGCUAAACCUGCCGCACCCAUCGCUAUUGAUUAUUGUACUGAUCCAGAAAAGGCUAAGAGUCAGCUUAUUGAAUUGCAUAACGGGAAGAGGCUGUUGAUUGUGAACGAGUAUCCAUAUUACUUCAGACAUGUAUUGAAGACAUCUCCGUUGAAUCGUUGGUGUUGCAACAAAAAUUCCUGCAAUGCCUAUGUUCAUGCCACGCUCAAUGAUAAUAUUGUCGUUGCCUUCGGAGGUGAACGACACAAGCAUCUACCGUCUAAAUUCAAACAGCAAGAAAAUGGAACAUACAUAAAGGUGGCUGUAAUCCUCUGGCGCUUGGACGAAGAGGAAGACAGAUUUUCUAUUACAAAGGUUAUUCAUUUUACAAGCAGAAGGAUUUAAGCAAAUGCGGAGCUUCCAGGUGGAGAUGUACUCGCCAUAGUAGAGCGAAGUGCACCGCCUAUUUGCAUUUGGAUGACCAGCUUAAGGUCAUAUACGCACCUACAAUAUGCCAUACCCAUUAUCCACCGUUUAUGGCCAGGCCAAAAGUGGAAACGUUUUAUAUGUAACAAUCACCUUGUCGCCUAAUAUCAAAAUUCUCCUAUAUUAGCAAAGGAUUUUAAUCUAAGAAUAUAACGUCUCUACAAGUAUUUAUAUAUAUAAGCUGCUUUAUGUACCUCUGAAUGCUGAACAUACCUAGUUGUUAGCGAAAUUUUAAGAAUCGAGGCAUUCAUUCAACAUUCGUAUACAAAUAUCGUUUAUCACUUAUGUAUUGGAUUGUUUCGUUAAAUUGCGUAUUUAUUGACGAUUAUAUUUAUAAAUUUUGACUGAUUUUUUGAAGUGAAAUUAAUUUAUCUUAUCCGUAAGUAGGUCUGUG